UAGGUCACAACUGCAGCUUGGAUCUGAUCCCUGGCCCAGGAACUCCAUAUGCCAUAGGGUGAGCGGGAAAAAAAGGGCAAUGAAAUGGUCUGGUAGCCAUAAGCUCUCUGCCCCAAUCCCCCAUGAAGCCUUUCCCCGAGCCCUGCCACCAGCCAUGUUCAGACAAAGAGUGGGGCAGGCUUGUUUCUGGGAAAGCUUAAUGGCAGGUUCAGGAUGAUCAAGAUUGAGUCAUGGAGACAUAAUAAUAACCCCACGUCAGUCUCGGAUGCUGUUGUGUAUACACCUUGCUCUGCGGGAGCCUCUGGGCCAUCGGCUGGGGACCCUGGGUGUCUCUGCCUUUGGUAGCAGACCUGGGAUGGCCAGUGGCAGAGCUUCCACCAGUGUGAGAUGGGUCCUAAAGGAUGGCAGGGACUCCUGGGCAAGAAGUUGGUUCCUGCCCAUCUGUGGAGCAUUUCUGCUGCAGCCCCAGAGUUCCCAUUCUCAGGUGAAGGAGUUGAGCAGUGUCCCUCACAGGGACAGGGGGCCAGAACUAGAAGAGCAGAUGGCUGGCUCCCUGGUCCUGGGUCUCCCCUUGGCUUAAUGUGUAUUUGCACUUUGUGCACACUGGUACAGAUGUGCACACUCCAGAAUGCCCUGAGGAUGUCCCUUUUGAUGGCUCCAAUUUGCCCCCCCGGGGGCUGUUGAGCUGCCCUAAAUGUGUUUUUCUAUCAGAUUCCCCACUGACUGAAUCUGUGAUGCGCUGGAGCAUCUUUACCGGGCUUGUAGUUUAGGACAGACCGUGAUACUGAUUGUGAGGGAUGGGCCACUGGGUGAGGGAUUGUGUGCUCUGUCUGUGCACCCCCUUGCGUGCGUCUAUGCUGGGUGAGUCAGAACCUGAGUCAGGGGGCUCCCCUAGACCGGGUGUGGGCAGGUGUGUCCCUGUCCCUUGCGUGCCAUCCCCCAUAGGGAGGUAGAAGCCUCUUACAGGAUUAAGGGGUGUGGCGGAUUACCUGCCUCAGCCUAGUGGGCAGGCCUGCGUCCUAUAUCCCUGCCCCCUCUUCCACCUUUUCCUCACUCCGGAGUAACUCUAAGGCCUUUAAGAUUUCGGGAACCAAAAAGGAAGUCGUGGAGGUGUCAGCAAUUGGCUGAGGUGUGGGACAGAGACCAGUUUCCCCCUGGAGGUGGGUGGGAGGCUGGAGGACCAGCUGGUGGUCCAGAUGCCUCCCUUCCUUGUCCAGCCUGCACCUAGUGACAGGCUACCAGGACAAGCAUAGCAGGCUCCAGGAAAUCUGGGUGAGAAAACAGGGGCUGUGUAUUGGGGAGCAUGGAUGCUGGGCUGGGGGGGGUGAUGAGCACCAGCCUAGGAGCUCCCCACAGAGGCUUAGGGGGCUUGCUGCCUCCCUUUCCUUCCCCCUGCAGCCUUGGGGAGAAAGGAGGAGGAGGCUCUCCAGCUGCCUGUCUGAGAGGGUGCUGUCCCAGCUCGUGGUCCACGCCCCCGUGUGACUUGGGCCUGGCUGUCUGUAUCUGGAAUAAUGAUACCUUGGUCUAAAAUGAAACCCAGGGACAGACAGAGUGGGCUGACCGCCCAGGAGCCUGGCAGCCCAGCCCUGUCCCAGUCGUAGGUGUCACCCUGGCCUCUCUCCCUGUGGGUUUUCUAUUUCCCGAUCCUCUGCCCCUUGACCCGUCCUGGCACCCCCCCCCCCGCCACUGCCUCUCAGAACCCAGAUCUCUGUUUUCUGCCUCAGAUCCUGGGCACUAGUCCUGCAAGAAAUCCAGGUGUCCUAGUCAUUGCCACCCCCCACUCCCCUAGGGCUGACCAGCCUUCAGCUUCGUCACUCCCUGCCCCUGGGGCCCGUAACCAGAGCCAGGCUGCAGCCGGCUUUUCCGGUUGGAGGUUGGAGGUGGUGCCUGGAGCGCCCCUGAAGGGGGUGGGGGGGCCCACGCCCCGGAAGUCCUGAGCCACUGGAUUCUCUCUAGCCCAGUGGUGGAGGGAGCCAGGGCUGGCUGCCUGGAUCCCCGUAUCUGGAGUCGGAGAAGCAGAGCAAGAGUUUCGGAUUGGCAUCAAGGGUGGGAGGAGAUGCCUGGGCUCCAGGAGGAGGCCACACUGGCAAGCUGUGGGGUGUGGGCCCCAGGGACCGCCCCUGCCGAGCUCUGAGAGGGCAAGCAGAGUCAAAUGGGGGCAGGGGUCCCAGUGAGCAGAGUGGCGGGAUGAUUCCGGUGGCGGAGUUCAAACAGUUUGGGGAGCAGCAGCCCGCCUUCAAAGUGCUCAAACCUUGGUGGGACGUACUGGCCGAGUACCUCACCGUGGCUAUGCUCAUGAUCGGGGUCUUCGGCUGCACCCUCCAGGUGACGCAGGACAAGAUCAUCUGCCUGCCUAGCCAUGAACUCCGGGAGAACUUAUCAGAGGCCCCAUGCCAGCAGCUGCUGCCCCGGGGGGUCUCUGAGCAGAUGGGGGGCCUACGGGAGGUGAGCGGCCUCAAGAACAACCUGGACCUGCAGCAGUACAGCUUCAUUAACCAGCUCUGCUAUGAGACGGCUCUCCACUGGUACGCCAAGUACUUCCCCUACCUGGUCGUCAUCCACACGCUCAUCUUCAUGGUCUGCACCAGCUUCUGGUUUAAGUUCCCCGGCACCAGCUCCAAGAUCGAGCACUUUAUCUCCAUCCUGGGCAAGUGUUUUGACUCGCCAUGGACCACGCGGGCCCUGUCUGAGGUCUCUGGGGAGAACCAUAAGGGCCCCACUGCCGCUGCUGCCACCGGUCGGCCAGCAGUGACCGUGGCAGCCACGGCAGGGCCAGGGAAGGCAGGUGAGGGUGAGAAGGAGAAGGUGCUGGCAGAGCCUGAGAAGGUGGUGACGGAGCCACCAGCCGUCACCCUGCUGGACAAGAAGGAAGGGGAGCAGGCCAAAGCCCUGUUUGAGAAGGUCAAGAAAUUCCGCGUGCAUGUGGAAGAGGGGGACAUCCUGUACACCAUGUACAUCCGGCAGACGGUGCUCAAGGUGUGCAAGUUCCUGGCCAUCCUGGUCUACAACCUCAUCUACGUGGAGAAGAUCAGCUUCCUGGUGGCCUGCAGGGUGGAGACCUCGGAAGUCACGGGCUACGCCAGCUUCUGCUGCAACCACACCAAGGCCCACCUCUUCUCCAAGCUGGCUUUCUGCUACAUCUCCUUCGUGUGCGUGUACGGGAUCACCUGCCUCUACACGCUCUACUGGCUCUUCCACCGGCCCCUCAAGGAGUACUCCUUCCGGUCUGUGCGGGAGGAGACGGGCAUGGGGGACAUCCCUGACGUCAAGAACGACUUCGCCUUCAUGCUGCACCUCAUUGACCAGUAUGACUCGCUGUACUCCAAGCGCUUCGCUGUCUUCCUCUCUGAGGUCAGCGAGAGCCGCCUGAAGCAGCUCAACCUCAACCAUGAGUGGACGGCCGAGAAGCUGCGGCAGAAGCUGCAGCGCAACACCCGGGGCCAGCUCGAGCUGGCCCUCUGCAUGCUCCCGGGGCUGCCUGACACGGUCUUCGAGCUCAGCGAGCUGGAGGCGCUGCGGCUGGAGGCCAUCGGUGAUAUCACCUUCCCCCCGGGCCUCUCGCAGCUGGUGAACCUGCAGGAGCUCAGCCUGCUCCACUCACCCGCCAGGCUGCCCUUCUCCUCGCAGAUCUUCCUGCGGGACCGCCUGAAGGUCAUCCGGGUCAAGUGCGAGGAGCUCCGUGAGGUGCCCCUCUGGGUUUUCGGGCUGCGUGGCCUGGAUGAGCUGCACCUGGAGGGGCUCUUCCCCCCAGAGCUGGCUCGGGCAGCGACCCUCGAGAGCCUCCGGGAGCUGAAGCAGCUGAAGGUGCUGUCUCUGCGAAGCAACGCUGGCAAAGUGCCCGCCAGCGUGACCGAUGUGGCCGGGCACCUGCAGCGGCUCAGCCUGCACAACGACGGGGCCCGCCUACUGGCCCUGAACAGCCUCAAGAAGCUGGCGGUGCUGCGGGAGCUGGAGCUGGUGGCCUGUGGGCUGGAGCGCAUCCCGCAUGCCAUCUUCAGCCUGGGCGCGCUGCAGGAACUUGAUCUCAAGGACAACCACCUGCGGUCCAUCGAGGAGAUCCUCAGCUUCCAGCACUGCCGCAAGCUGGUCACCCUGCGGCUGUGGCACAACCAGAUCGCCUAUGUCCCUGAGCACGUGCGGAAGCUCCGAGGCCUCGAGCAGCUUUAUCUCAGCCACAACAAGCUGGAGACACUGCCCACCCAGCUCGGCAUGUGCUCCAGCCUCCGCCUGCUGGACGUCUCCAACAACGGACUACGCUCCGUGCCAGCAGAGCUGGGCCUCCUCCAGAACCUGCAGCACCUGGCUCUCUCCUACAACACCCUGGAGUUUCUGCCCGACGAGCUCUUCUUCUGCCGCAAGCUGCGGACGUUGCUCCUGGGCUACAACCACCUGAGCCAGCUCUCACCCCAGGUGGGGGCCCUCAGGGCCCUGAGCCGCCUGGAACUCCAGGGCAACCGGCUGGAGGCGCUGCCAGAAGAACUGGGCAACUGUGGGGGGCUCAAGAAGGCAGGGCUCCUGGUGGAGGACGCCCUUUACGAGGGGCUGCCAGCCGAGGUGCGGGACAAGAUGGAGGCGGAGUGAAGCCAGGGAGGGGCAGGUUGAGGUCCAGGCCUUCCGGAUGCUACCACCCCAGAAUCUCUACCAUUGUCUUCAAGGGAGGUGGUGAGCAGGCCCGGGCCAGGAGACGAGGAGCAGACAUGUCAGGCUGGUGGAGCCCAGGCAAGAUCGUGGGACUGGUUUGUCUGGGAGGCUGUGGAUUUGGGGUGGAACAUCCUGGAGGGAUUAACUCCGUCAUGAGAGUCUCAAACCAAAACCACACCUGUGUCUUUGGCUGGCUGGCCUGCCCCCAGCCCUGGGCCAGAGCUGCUACUCUACCCCCACCUCCCACCCCCAGAUAUUCUAGCUCAAUCAAUGCCAAUGAUGGGGGUGGGGCUCAUCCCAAUGGGAUUUCAACCCUCUCCCCCUGACCCAGACGACUUCCAUCUAGUAUUCUCUCCCAAGGAGGGGACACAGACGCAAGGGACCAGCUACUCCCGCCCCAUAAUUUUGAUGCUAAUCCCCUUUCUAUAAGUUGUUUUCUACGGACACGUGAACUCAGACGAAUGGUUUUCAUAUUUGGCUAUGCAUCAAAAACAAUAUCCCCAAAACAAAACAUCCCAGGCUCCACCCCUGGAAGACUGACUCAGGAGGUUUGGCUGGAGCCCAGGUACUUGUCUGUAGAUAUAAGCAUCCCAAGUAAUUCUGAUGAAGAUGGGCCCAGGCCUGUGUGUUGGGAAGUGCCAACCUUCAGAACAGAUCUCUGGAUGUCUAAAGCAGGAAUUGCAAACUUUUUUUUUUUUUUUUUUUUUUUGGUCUUUUUGGGAUCGCACUCGUGCCAUAUGGAAGUUUCCACACUAGGUAGGGGUUGAAUUGGAGCUGUAGCCACCAGCCUAUGCCACAGCUGCAGCCACUCAGGAUCCAAGCUGUGUCUGCGACCUAUACCACAAUGCACAGCAUCACUGGAUCCUUAAGCCGCUGAGCAAGGCCAGGGAUCAAACCCACAACCUCAUGGUUCCUAGUCGGGUUCUUUAACCAUUGAGCCACGACAGGAACUCCGAACUUUUUUUUUUUUUUUUGAUCCCUAGACUCUUUGAGAAAUCUGAUGAAAGCUGGGUACCUCCUUUCUCAGGAAAAUGUUCACACAGAUAUGUGAAAAGUUCUGCAAACAACUUCGGACGGGAGCUCCCUGGUGACUCAAUGGGUUGAGGGACUGGUGUUGUCACUGCUGUGGUUCAGGUUGCUGCUGUGAUGUGGUUUGAUUCCCUGGCCCCAGGAAGUUCUGCAUGCCAUGGGAAUGACAAAAAAAAAAAAAAAAAAAAAAAAAAAAAAAACACACAAAAACUUUAGGCAGUCAACAGAUUCCCCCAGGUCCCCUAGGGAGCUGUUUAUGGACAUCCUAAAGAUCAUGGACCCCAGGUUAGGAACACCUGUUGUAGGAAUUCUCUUGUGGCAUAGUGGGUUAAGGAUUCAGCAUUGUCACUGCAGUGACAGGUUGCUGAUGUGUCACAGGUUCAGUAUCUCCUUCAGGGAACUUUCACACACUGCAGGUGUGGCAAAAAACAAAACAAAAUAAAAAACCCAAACAAACCUGCUGUGGAGGGUACAUUUUCCUGAGGACAGGCGGGGACUUGGAUCUUCAAAUGUUCCCUAAGUGGGAGUUCCUGUGGUGGCGCAGUGGUAACGAACCCGACUAGUAUCCAUUAGGACGCAGGUUCCAUCCCUGGCCUCGCUCAGUGGGUUAAUGGAUCUGGUGUUGCUGUGGCUGUGGCAUAGGCCGGCAGCUAUAACUCCGAUUAGACCUCUGGCCUGGGAACUUCCAUAUGCAGGUGCACCCUAAAAAGUCAAAAAAGAGUUCCCUCUGUGAAGCAGGGUAUGCUGUUGGGUGCUUAAUAAAUAAUACUAAUUAUGAGAA